AUGGCAAAGACAUUUUUAACACGAACCCCCACCCAAAAAAAGGCAAAUCCUUUUCUGGCACCUACGUGUUGCACAGUUUCUCCUCAAGAAAUAAACCCACCGCCGACCCCACAGCCCAGGCAACGCGCACCCCCAGGCGCAACUGAACCUGGGGGUCCCGCAAACGUUUUUUUUAUGACCAGCACCUUGUCCGCCGAGGUGUUCAAGUUUGCAGCAGUCUUGGUCACAGCGUGCGCGAGAUUGGUGUUAUUUCGCAAAUGGAAACAAAUAGCUGUCCAGCUUUGCUCUAAAAUCCAGGAGUUCCACGCGCACGAGGGUGCUGAACCGAAUUCCAAAUCAUACCCGGCGCCUUUUCCUUUGCGCACCCGG